AUGAGCCUAUUGUCUCUUAGUGGGAAAAUUGAGAACCACCUGAUUGAGCUCCGGAAUGAGGUUGCUCAAUCGAAAACAUUAAAGAAAAAUUUGUACACGGACUGGGAUUGUAAGAUUAAGCUGGAUUUUCCAAAUCUACUCAUUCCAUCGCUUUUUGGCUUGGGUGCCUUGGUGGAUCAGGCCAAUCCAAGAUUGAGGGUGAAAUGGGAUGCACCAGAGGCUAGGUGGAGCCAAGUAAACUUUGAUGGUGCUUCUGUAGGAAAUCCGGGUCAAAGUGGUAUUGGUUGUAUUCUGAGGGACUUUGAUGGUCUUUUCAUAAAAGAAAUCUCUAAAAAGAUUAGAGUGGCUACUAAUAAUGAAGCGGAAUUCAGAGCGGCUUUAAGAGGUCUUCAGUUAGGGAAGGAGCUAUGGGUGCAGAGAAUUCAUCUAGAGGGAGACUCAAUAAAUGUGAUUAAUGUUAUCCACUGUAAUAACAUCCCUAGUUGGUGCCUUAACCAGUGGCUUCAAUCGAUCCUGGUGCUGCUAGCCACCUUUGAUGAAUUUUGGGUUAGCCACAUCUACAGGGAAGGUAAUGGUGAAGCUGAUAGACUUUCUAAAUUGGGUAUAGCCGUUUGUGACCCCACCUGA